AUGAACCAUAAGAUAUUUGGCAAAGCGGAUAGUAUGGGCCGACCAUGGGCUGGAUAUAUUGCGACUAUUGGCAUUGGAGGCUCACUCGCCUACAUCAACGUAUCAAAUACCGGAGCCGAGGUUUUUCAAUGGUUAUUUAACCUUGUUUCUCUUCUCACGCUCUUCGCAUGGGCAAUGAUCUCUCUUAAUCACCUUCGGUUCCGGUAUAGCUGGAAGAUUUAUGGUCGGGACGAGGCUCACCUUCCUUGGAAAACGAUGGCGUAUCCUUGGGCGACCUACUGA